AUGGCACCCUCGCAGACUGCUCAGCCUAUCGUCCCCAAUCCUUCUAGAUCACCUCUGCCGCUCUCCGCCUCGCAGGAAGCUCAAGUAAGAGAGCUCUACUACAAAAGAGUGCGCACCAAGUGCGCCGAUGAAGUCAGAGACUUCGCAUCAUGCUGCCAAUCACAACCUUUCACCGCCACCUUCAUGUGUCGAAAACAGCAGAAACUCAUGAACAACUGCAUGAUGCAGUACGCCACGCAAGCCGAACAGGAUGCUGCGCGAGAAGAAUGGUUUGCCACGAUCGACAAGAGAAAAGAGGAGAGGGAGGCGAAGGAGGCGAAGAGGAAGGAGGAUGAGAAGUUUUGGAGGCAGUGGUGGGAUAAAGAUGCAAGAGUGCCCAGCACUGAAGGACGAGACACGAAGGGCCGACAUAUCGAGCAGAAGAAAUGA